GAUUAAUGUUGCUAAAGAAACAAUUGAGUCAUCAUCAGAUGACCUUGGUCCUUUCUAUUCAUUACCCAGCAAAAAUGGCAACAUACUUGCUUAACACUGAGUUGUGUGCAAGAACGAAAAAAUUUAAUUUAUUCCUUGCCAACAAGUGGUGGGAAAACCCUCGUAGCUGAGAUCUUAAUGCUACAAGAAUUGCUUUGCCGGCGAAAAGAUGUUUUAAUGAUCCUGCCAUAUGUGGCAAUUGUCCAAGAAAAGAUUUCAGGUUUGUCAAGUUUCGGUAUAGAACUCGGUUUCUUUGUUGAAGAAUACGCUGGAAGCAAAGGAAGAUUUCCUCCAACUAAAAGAAGGGAAAAGAAAUCAAUAUAUAUUGCCACUAUUGAGAAAGCACAUAGCCUCGUGAACUCCUUGAUUGAAACUGGAAGGAUUAGUAGUCUAGGUCUGGUUGUCGUAGAUGAGUUGCACAUGAUCGGUGAAGGGAGCCGUGGUGCUAUACUGGAAAUGACCCUAGCAAAAAUCCUCUACACGAGCAAAACAACUCAAAUUAUUGGUAUGAGCGCAACAUUAAACAAUGUCCAGGACCUGCAGGAGUUCCUUCAAGCAGAAUAUUACAGCAGUCAGUUUAGACCAGUUGAAUUAAAAGAAUAUCUGAAAAUAAACCAUACAAUAUAUGAGGUUGACAGCAAAGCUGAAACUGGCAUGACUUUUUCACGCCUCCUUCAGUGUAAGUAUUCUGAUGCUCUGAAAAAGAUGGAUCCCGAUCACUUGGUGGCACUGGUGACAGAAGUUAUACCCAGCUAUUCCUGCUUAGUUUUUUGUCCCAGUAAGAAGAACUGUGAAAACGUAGCAGAAAUGUUAUGCAAAUUUUUAAACAAGGAAUAUCUGAAGCACAGAGAGAAAGAGAAAUGUGAGCUGAUUAAGAACCUGAGGAGCAUCAGCGGGGGCCACCUGUGCCCUGUCCUGAAGCGCACCGUGCCCUUCGGAGUCGCCUACCACCACGGCGGCCUCACCAGCGAGGAGAGGAAGCUGCUGGAAGAGGCCUACUACGCCGGCACCCUCUGCCUUUUCACCUGCACGUCCACCCUGGCAGCAGGGGUCAACCUGCCUGCGCGGAGGGUUAUUUUAAGAGCUCCCUACGUUGCUAAAGAAUUUUUGAAGAGGAGUCAGUAUAAGCAGAUGAUUGGCAGAGCUGGUCGUGCUGGAAUAGAUACCGUUGGGGAAAGUAUACUUAUAUUGCAAGAAAAAGACAAGCAAAAGGUCUUGGAACUGAUAAGUAGACCACUAGAAAACUGUUAUAGCCAUCUUGUUCAGGAAUUCAACAAGGGAAUCCAAACUUUGUUUCUCUCCUUGAUUGGCUUAAAGAUUGCAACAAAUCUUGAUGACAUAUAUCGCUUCAUGAAUGGCACAUUUUUUGGUGUUCAGCAAAAGAUUUUAUUGAAAGAAAAAAGUCUCUGGGAAAUAACUGUCGAAUCACUUAGAUACCUGACAGAAAAAGGACUCCUACAAAAAAGCCCUAUUUUGGAGUCUGAAGAAGAAUUGCAAUGUAAUUUUCAUAUUACUAAAUUGGGGAAAGCUUCUUUUAAGGGAACUAUCGAUCUGGCUUACUGUGACAUUCUCUACAGAGACCUGAAGAAGGGCCUUGAAGGUCUGGUGCUUGAAAACCUUCUUCAUCUAAUCUACCUGACAACUCCCUAUGACCUUGUUUCUCAGUGUGACCCUGACUGGAUGAUAUACUUCAGGCAGAUUAGUCAACUCAGUCCAGCUGAGCAAAAUGUAUCCACUCUCCUUGGAGUCUCUGAAAGCUACAUUGCGAAGAAGGCAUCAGGUCAAGCCACCAGGAAGAAAGUGGACAAGGGCGUUGUCAACAGGCUCUACCUCUCUUUUGUCCUCUAUGCCUUGCUCAAAGAGACCAACAUUUGGAGCGUGUCUGAAAAAUUUAAUCUUCCUCGAGGAUCGAUACAAAAUCUGCUCACUGGUGCUGCCUCCUUCUCAUCCUGCGUGUUACAUUUCUGCGAGGAGCUCGAAGAGUUUUGGGUUUACAGAGCCCUUCUGGUGGAACUUACCAAGAAACUGACAUACUGUGUAAAGGCAGAGCUGAUCCCACUCAUGGAAGUCACUGGUGUCUUAGAGGGUCGGGCAAAACAGUUAUACAGCGCAGGUUACAGAAGUCUAAUGCACUUGGCCAAUGCUGAUCCAGACGUGCUAAUAAGGACAAUCGAUCACUUGUCACGACGCCAAGCCAGGCAAAUUGUUUCAUCUGCAAAGAUGCUGUUGCAGGAGAAGGCGGAGGCUUUGAAGGAAGAGGCGGAGGAGUUACUGAGGGCGCCUGCCGACAUCCCCAGCACGAAGGCCUGAAGCAACCUGAUCCUCAUUUUAAGUUGGAAUUACUGUAUUUAUUGCAUAUGUUUUAUUAAAGAUUCUCUACACUUUGUAAAUG